AGGGUGAAGCAACACACGGAGGACUCCACAACACACUUUAUCUCCUUCCUCUCGCGCUCCUCCACAUUCAUGGCAGAAAGCGACCGACCGCGACAGGAGAUCAACGUCUCCUUUGCUGCCCUCAGCGGCAACUCCGUUGGCGCCUCCGUUGCCCAGCCGUACGGCAACACCUCGCGCAUGGACUGGUCUACCUCCAUCGGCUACAUGGACGGACGCAGCGGUCGCAGCGGUGGCGGUGGCAGUCGCAGUCGCAGCCAGGCCUCCGUGCGUGCCGACAGCUUCCGCCGCAGCGAGGGCCGUCGCAUGAGUCAAGACACACGCCGCUACAUGCAGGCCGCCGCCGCCAGCACGCAGACUACCGUGCAGCAGCUCCUCGCACGGCUGCAGUCCUAUCAGACCUUUCAGCCCUUCUUGUCGCAUCAGGUGCCGUACACGUCUGCAGGGGACGAAGGACAGAGCCGUGCGGCGAGCGUCGCCAUGUCAGCCCGACAGCGCUCCACCGACCGCGCCUUCAGCGCCUCACAGCUGUGGCAGGUGAUGAACGGCCUGCUCGACACCUCAGUCGCCCACCUGCUCCAGCACAACGCGGAGGGUCACUUCAUCGCCACGCUGCAGUCCACGCUCGGGCUGGAGCUGUCGUCACCCGUGCCGAAGGGGCGCACUGUAAUCGAGAGUCGUGUCCCGGGAGCGACUGCGAUGGGGAGCGACACAUCGACCAGCGCAGCGGCACUGUCGACUUCGCAGCGGCAGCUCUCCGCCGCGUCCUCGCUUGUCACCCGCCCCACCACCGCCGCAUGGCCGGGCGACUCGAACUUGCUGGUGGAUCGGUGGGCCGCAGAACACCCGGCCGCGACGGCAGCCGACAUCGCCACGCAGCGCGACACUUGGAGUGCCUUCGAGGAGCAGCGCCGCCGUGACAACCGUGCUUUUUACCUACGAGCAAUGCAGAGGCAGCUGGAUGCCCUGCAGGCGGAGGAGAGCGGCGCCAGCAGCACCAGCGUCUCGUCCGCGGGGGCGCAUUCGAGCGACGGCCGAAGUCGUUCUUCUGGCUGCGGGCUCCCUUUCGCGCGAGAUCAAAGCAGCUUCCCGCACACGGCCCGACCGUUUGAGGCAGCCCGCGGAGGAGCAACGGAACUCGAGGCACGUUUCGCAAUUUCGGAGGAGGAGUUGGCGAAGGAGGCAGACCGUCAGCGCGCACUGUGGAUCUCUUUUCAGGAGGAGCCGCCUGCGACGGCGGCGGCAAACGGCAGGGUCGCGUCCCAAGCCCCUCCGGACGCCCCGCGUAUCGUCGCGGAUUACCUGGAGAGUGCCGACCUGCACAGCUGGCUGCAGUCGUCGUGGCCGCACCGCACGCACCGCCACGAGAGCGCUGCGUUGCAGAUUCAGUGCGCCUAUCGCGCCUACCAUGCACGCUGCGCCGUACGGCUCAUGCGCUACACACGUCGGCAGGUCUUUGUCGUCGGCCUCGCAGCUGAGAAGGAAGCCCGCCGUGUGUGGGACAUGGCGCUGCAGGUGCAGGCGGACGCGAGCAAGGCUGUCAACGGCAGCUGCGACGGCACCAUGCGCGCGCUGCAGUUCUUCCUAGACAAAAUUAACGCCGUCGUGGCGAAGAGGCGGGCACGCAAGUUGGUCCGGCAGGAGCAGGACGCGAAGAUAUGCGAGUACGCGGCGGCCAGCAUCCAGCGGGUUUACCGUGGCCACCGUGCGCGGGUGCGCGUGGAGGAGCUGCGGCACCCGGAGAUCGUCGCGGCGCGGCAGCGGGCGGUGGCAGAAAAGAGCGCCACCGUCAUUCAGACGAGCUGGCGGCGGCACCGGGAGGAGCUGAGGUGGCACCGACAGCUGCGGGCCGCCUGCACGCUGCAGCGCGCGCAUCGCUGCCACGCGGCGCGUCGACUACUGGCCGAGCGUCGGCAGCUGUACGCCGUGGCGGAGGUGUCGUCGCUGAGGUGCUUUGCGGUGCGUCGCAUCGAGCUGUGGUACGCGCGGCACCUCGCGCAGCGCAACGCCUUCGCGGCGGCACAUCCGUUUGAGACGCUCAUCCUCCAGCGUGUGGGCCGCGGCUACCUGGACCGCAGGCGUCUCGGCGUCGAGCUGCGCAUUGCGGCAUUGCGUGGUGUCGCAGCUCUCGUGGAGCGCAGACGGCGGAUGGUGUUGGACGCGCGUGCGGCGGUGGGAGUGAAGACGGCACUGGCGGAGGAUCGGCAGACGCAGCAGCACGCCGUCCUGUGCGAGGAUGCGGCAAUCACGAUCCAACGCGCCUGGCGUAGUCGGGCCGCGGUGGCGCCGUCGCCCGAUCAACGAGAGGAGUUGUGA